AUGAGCACCGCGCGUUCUGGCCAGGGCAGGGCCGCCAUAUGGAACAUGUCGCCAACUCCUCCCCGUCUCAUCAUCCGCGACAGCCCCACUCACGUCGGCCAGUACAUCGGCGACUACAUCGCCAAGCGCAUCAACGACUUUGCGCCAACCGCGGAGCGACCAUUCGUGCUCGGUCUCCCGACGGGCUCGUCUCCCAUCCCGACCUACAAGCACCUCAUCUCACUCGUAAAAGACGGAAAGCUCUCCUUCAAACAUGUCGUCACCUUCAACAUGGACGAGUACGUCGGCCUCCCGCGCGACCACUCCGAGUCCUACCACACCUUCAUGUUCCGCGAGUUCUUCUCCCACAUCGACAUCCCCCCAUCGCAGGUCCACAUUCUCGACGGAAACGCGCCCGACCUGAUCUCUGAGUGCAAUUCGUACGAGGCAAAAAUCAAGGAGUACGGUGGCAUCGAGCUCUUCCUCGGCGGCAUCGGCGAGGACGGCCACAUCGCAUUCAACGAGCCAGGUUCCUCGCUCGCAUCGCGCACGCGCAUCAAAACCCUCGCCUAUGACACCAUUCUGGCCAACGCGCGGUUCUUCGGAAACGACAUCUCCGCCGUUCCGCGCAUGGCGCUCACCGUCGGCGUCGCCACCGUCCUCGACUCGCGCGAGGUCGUCGUCGUCGUCACGGGUCAGCGCAAGGCGCUUGCGCUCAGCAAAGCUAUUGAGGAGGGCGUGAACCACCUCUGGACGCUCUCUGCGCUGCAAAUGCAUCCGUGGGCGCUGAUUGUCGUGGACGAGGACGCCACUGCUGAGCUGCACGUCAAGACCGUCAAAUACUUCAAGUCCAUCGAGCGCGUGCAGGAUGAGGUCGAGGCGAUACACGAGAAGCUCCGCAAGGAGGGCAAGAACGAACCAGUUGGCAGCAUGGAGUGA